AUGACUUUCCGAACCGCAAAGGCUUCAGCCAUGGACAAGAAAAAGAACGCCGUCAACGCCUUCAAGAGCUGGGAUAACUUCAAGCAAUGGGUUCUUGUGCCAGACACGGCACUGGAUCGCCAUUCGAACGGAGAGACGGGUCAGACCUGGUCAAACGUUGAUCUCGACCCAACACCCCCCGAGAAGCGCACCUGGAGGUGGUACAACUAUGUCAUCUUCUACUUCGCCUUGUCGUUUGGCAACUGGACCCUGGGCUCGAGUUUGAUCGGUAUUGGCCUCAACUACUGGCAGGCCAUCCUGGCCAUCUUCAUCUCCCAGUUCAUCAGCUCUAUCGCCAUGCUCUUCAACUCCCGAGCCUCCUCUGUGUACCAUCUCGGAUAUCCAAUCAUUGCCAGAAGUGUCUUUGGCAUGUGGGGAUCUUACUACUUUGUGGGUGCUAGAGCAAUUUUGGCAGUCGUCUGGUUCGGUGUGCAAGCCUUCUCAGGUGCCUCGUUGGUCGCCAACAUGCUUCGUGCAGUUUUCGGACACAACUACACCGAUAUUCCCAAUCACAUCCCCAAGUCGCAAGGCAUCACCUCUGCAGGCAUGCUUGCCUUCUUCUUGUUCUGGCUCGCUCAUUUCCCUCUGGCUAUGCUGCGUCCCUACCAGCUACGCACUUUCUUCAACGUCAAGACGGCGCUCAUGAUCCCAGCUGUGUGGGGACUCUUCAUCUUCUGCAUGGCCAACACCCACGGCGAGCUAAAUACCAGCAAGCUCUCAGAAGCCGCUGGAGUAAGCGCAUCUGGAAAAUGGGGAUGGUUCUUCAUGAACGCAGUCAAUGCUGGUCUCGGAAACACUGCCACUCUGAUCACCAACCAGCCCGACAUUGCCAGAUGGAGCAAGACGAAAUCUGGUGCCAUGUGGUCGCAGAUGAUCACCAACCCGCUCGCUGUCACACUCUCUGCCAGUCUGGGUAUCUUGUCCACUGCCGCCAUCAACAACGCAUGGGGUCUGUCGCUCUGGAACCAGUGGGAUCUUCUCGACGCAAUCAUGAACAGAUACUGGAGAAGUGAUGUCCGCUUUGCUGUCUUCCUCACCGCCGGGUGCUGGUCGGUCAGUCUGUUGGGAACCAAUGUCGCUGCCAACAUGAUUCCAUUCGGCUCAGACUCCAGCAUGUUGUUCCCUCGCUUCAUCACCAUUCCUCGUGGACAGUUCCUCGUCACCUGCUUGGGUUUCGCUAUCGUCCCUUGGAAGAUCCUCGCCUCCGCCUCCGUCUUCACCACUUUCCUCGCCGGCUACGGCCUUUUCAUGGCCUCGGUAGUCGCAAUCAUGGUCUGCGAAUAUUUCUGCCUGACCCGCGGCAACAUCUUCAUUGCCCACUGCUACAACGGCGGCAAGGAGAACCCACACUACUACUACAAAUUCGGCUGGAACAUUCAAGCCGUCAUCGCCUACCUCUGCGGUAUCGCUCUUCCAUUCCCUGGCUUCGUGGGCAGUCUGGGCGCCAACGUCGGCACUGUCGCCCUUCACAUGGGCCAUCUUGGCUGGAUGUUGAGUUUCACAACCAGUUUUGUCAUCUACUAUGCCAUCUGCAGUAUCUGGCCUACGGAAAACCAAAAGAUCAUCAAGCAGAUGGGCUUGAGGUUCGAGGAGAUGGCUGAGAGGGAUAUGAUGGCGCUCGAUGGUACCAUCAUCCCCGAAGGCGCCGAGGGCAUGUCUGAAGACCAGAUCGCUUGGGAUGACGCCGAGAAGAAGAGUGCUGCUUUCGACUCGCGCAGAGUCAGUGACUAA